AGUUCUGACCUCAAACAUGGCGACAGAGAGCUGUGAAAAGUGCUGAAUUCUGACUACAUUUCGACAAAUUUGCGAAGGUCGAGCGCUCGGAUCUCUUCAGAAUCUCACCAGAGUUGAUGGUCAGCAUGGGCCGAACGGUACUGAAAGAACAAGACUUUAAUUCUUCCGCUGAACACAUAAGAAGAUCAGUUUGGAUCACAAAGACAGUAAGAAGGAUAAAGCGGGCAGGAGCAUGUCUCUCACAGGUCCUGGACCAGUCAAAGUGACUGAGUCCUUCUCAUGGGAGGAGUAUUUAAAAGAGACGUCAUCCGUUCCCGCCCCUCCCAGCUGCUUCAGACAGUCUCAGUUUCCUCCCUCCAAUGACUUCAAGGCCGGUAUGAAGCUGGAGGCCCGGGACCCUCGUAACUCCACCUCCACCUGCAUCGCCACAGUGAUGGGCUUAAUGGGCGUGAGGCUCCGCCUACGACUGGACGGCAGCGACAACACCAACGACUUCUGGCGAUUGGUCGACUCCGCUGACAUCCAGCCAAUCGGAACCUGCGAGAAGAACGGAGACAUGCUGCAGCCGCCGCUGGGAUUCAGGAUGAACGCCUCGUCGUGGCCCAUGUUUCUCCUGAGGACCCUUAAUGGAGCCGAAAUGGCACCUGCCACGGCUUUUAAAAAGGAGCCCCUGCGGCCGCCCCACAACGGCUUCAAGCCCGGGAUGAAACUGGAGGCCGUGGACAAGAAGAACCCGUACCUGAUCUGCCCGGCCACCAUCGGCGAGGUGAAGGGGGAGGAGAUCUUCGUGAUGUUUGACGGAUGGAGGGGGGCGUUCGAUUACUGGUGCCGCUAUGACUCCAGGGACAUCUUCCCCGUGGGCUGGUGCGCCGCCACCAAACACGGGCUACAGCCACCCGGCAACAGCAUCACCGCUCCAAAACCGGGUCCUACACCUUCCUCAUCCUCAAAUCCCAAACCACCCCGGCGCUCCAUGCCGUCUCCUUACCGCCUGCCAACUCCUCUUCCCCAACUCCCUGUGCGGAAGGGCAUCAGAGGACGGCGGCCGAAAAGCGAGACCAUCGCGCUGCUGAAAGCCCUGGCCGCUUCCACUGCGGCCCAGGACACAGAAGAUCCAGGAGUUGCCACACCCCAAACCACGCCCAUCUCCCAGCUUCCCCUGCGCCCGUACAAGAAGAGGGGACCUAAACCAGGCAGCAAGAGGAAGUCCAGACUCCUUCAGAGCUCCAUGUCUAUAGCAGCCAGCUCAGACUCCAGGGUGCCCAUGACUCAGAUGCCCAGCGAUGGACUCUCUUCUCUGGGAUCCCCGUCAUCUGUGGUGUCUACUGUGUGUGUGUACGUGAACAAACACGGGAACUGCGGCCCACAACUGGACCGGAAGCGGGUUCAGAGACUACCGGAUCACUUCGGGCCAGAGGCGGCGAAUCUGGUUCUGCAGCAGACGGUUCAGGCCUGUCUGGAUUGCGCGUACCAGCCCAAAGUGCUGCUGGGAUGCCUGCAGAGCCAAGGCGGUGGAGGAGAGGUGGUCAGAGUCCGAACAGAUGGUGGGACGCGGUUGGUGAAGCUGCCAUCAGCGUCCAGCGCUGGGUGCGUGUUGCGCUUUCUGGAACUGGUGUGUCGACACCUGCUGUGUGAUAAUCUGUUCAGCAGUCAACCGUUCAGUCCACACAGCACCUAUGACCGCGGUAAAUCAGUUAAAGAGGAAAUGAUGUCAGACGGGCCGUCUCUGAAUAGGGCUGUGAAGCGGAUCUCCAGAGACUCUCCGCCGUACUGCGCUCCUCUCUCCCCUAAACUCCUUCACACAGACACACACCCGUCAGAAGCCGAGACUCUUCCUCCAGAGGAGAACGGGUUACUGAAGGAGCAGCGCUUCAUGGACUCCGCCUCCAACUCCAUGACGCCCCGCCCACAGACCUUGAGAAGCACCACGGAGUAUCAGUCACCACCCAGCAGCCCAUAUUACCAUGGCAACGGCCCACCUCUACGGCGACAGGCCUCCAACCCCCCCACACAGACACACAGGCGCGUGGAGGCAGCCAGCUCUACCACGGGUCCCGAGGCGGCAGCGGCGGCAGAACGCGGCGUUCCAAGAACCCCCGGCAGGAGUCCGUCUUCCUGGUCCAUAGAGGAAGUGAUGCAGUUCGUGCGGGACGCGGACCCCACAGCCCUGGCCCCGCACGCAGAGCUCUUCAGAAAACACGAGAUCGACGGUAAAGCUCUGAUGUUACUGAGGAGCGACAUGGUGAUGAAGUACAUGGGGCUGAAGCUCGGACCGGCGCUGAAGCUCUGCCAUCACAUCGAGAGACUCAAGCAGGGGAAGCAGUGAACACGCGAUCUCACCUCCACACCCACACGCUGCUACAGAGGGGGCUGAUGGGAAAUCACUGUGUGCUGCUCGGCGGACGCGCUCAGAACACACUACGUCGCUCGUCUCUCCAGAAACACACACACACGCCAUCUCUCCAGGACGUUCAUUUGCAACCAGAGCACACUGAGGAACACUAGUGCCGCUCUCUGGGAACGACCAUCGUACCUCCUCGCCAGGAACGAACAGGAAGUCAGUUCUUACCUCCUGCGAUCUCGUCUCCCCAAAGAUGUCGAGGCUUUACGGGCCGAUUAUCUCAUCGAUAGUGGCCGUUUUUGAGUGGGAUUCAUCGCUCUACCUCCCUGUGACGUCGUAGUAGUUCACCGGUGUUUCUGGAAACGCUUACAGCCACUGAAAAUCUUGUUUUUCGCAAUUCCAUCAAGUCUCGUUUGUGUAUUCAGUUGGCGUCAAACAAACACUUUGCCUUUGAGUUUCGCACGUCAUGUUUAAGCGAUCUUACGGGAAAAGUUCAUGCAAAAAGUUCCGUCAUCAAACCCGUGUGACGUUUCUUCCAUCGAACGCAAAAAGAGAUGUUCCGAAGAAUGUUCACGCUGCUCGUUUUCAUGGCAGAAUUAGUGUUUUGACCAAACAAACCCUUGCUUGUUUCUGUGAACAAAUGAAAAGGGUUUGUAAGAUAUUUGGUCAAAAAUGAAAUUUAAAGGAUUAGUUCACUUCAGAAUUCAAAUUUCCUGAUAAUUUACUCACCCCCGUGUCAUCCAAGAAGGUUUUUGAGGAAAACAUUCCAGGAUUUUUCUCCAUAUAGUGGACUUCACUGGGGUUCAACGGGUUGAAGGUUUAAAUGUCAGUUUCAGUGCAGCUUCAAAGAGCUCUACAAGAUCCCAGACGAGGAAUAAGGGUCUUAUCUAUGAUGUUGGACAAUUUUGAAGUUGGAGAAGAAAAUGAGAUGAGUUUUUCGCCCUGCCACGGUACUUCCACCUACGUCACGCGUGACCUUUCCAACAUGAUUACGUAAUGCGUGGCGCAUUGCAGAGCAGACGAGCAUUUGUGGUUAAAAAGUAUAUAAUUAUUUUUUUUUUUAGAAGAUGACUGAUGGUUUCUCUAGAUAAGACUCUUAUUCCUCGUCUGGGAUCAUGUAGAGCUCUUUGAAGCUGCACUGAAACUGACAUUUGGACCUUCAACCCGUUGAACCCCAGUGAAGUCCACUAUAUGGAGAAAAAUCCUGGAAUGUUUUCCUCAAAAACCUUCUUGGAUGACAUGGAGGUGAGUAAAUUAUCAGGAAAUUUUGACUCUGAAGUGAACUAAUCCUUUAAAAGUGUAAAAGUUUUCGCUCCACACAUCUAUUUCAAACUGUCAAAACAAUGUUGUAGAAUAUUAUGAACGUUCUCCAACAAACUGAAGUAAAUCACACCAAUACACUCAAAAUAUUUAGGCCUAAAUCUAAGAUUUAUGUGAUUGAAUUGCAUAUAUAAUUUCCAUCCAUUUAUUUGUCAGUCAUACAUAAACCAAAAACAGGUAAGAAACAGAUUUCUGCACUCAAAAAACUAUUAACUAAUUGCAUCUAUUGGAUUCUCUUUAAAGGGUUAGUUCACCCAAAAAUUACCCUCAUGUCGUUCCACACCCUUAAGAACUUCGUUCAUCUUCAGAGCACAAAUUAAGAUAUUUUUGAUAAAAUCCGAUGGCUCAGUGAAGAUAAUUAACACUUUCAGACGCCCAGAAAGCUACUUAAAACAUAUUUAAAACAGUUCAUGUGACUACAGUGGUUCAACCUUAAUAUUAUAAAGCGACGAGAAUACUUUUUGUGCUUCAAAAAAACAAAAUAGCGACUUUAUUCAACAAUAUCUAGUGAUGGGCAAUUUCAGAACACUGCUUCAUGAAGCUUUGAAGCUUUACGAAUCUUUCUUUUCGAAUCAGUGGUUUGGAGCGUGUAUGAAACUGCCAAAGUCACGUGAUUUCAGUUGCUUCAUAAUUGUUUCGAAAUUUCAAUGGUUCACGUGACUUUGGCAGUUUGAUAAGCGCUCUGAACCAAAAGAUUCGAAACAAAAGAUUCGUAAAGCUUCGAAGCUUCAUGAAUCAGUGUUUUGAAAUCGUCCAUCACUAGAUAUUGGUGAAUAAAGUCGUUGUUUUUUUUUUUUUGGAGCACAAAAAGUAUUCUCAUUGCUUCAUAACAUUAAGGUUGAACCACUGUAGUCACAUGAACUGUUUUAAAUAUGUCUUUAGUAGCUUUCUGGGCAUCUGAAAGUGUUAAUUAUGUUGCUGUCAAUGGAGGCCUCACUGAGCCAUCGGAUUUUAUCAAAAAUAUCUUAAUUUGUGUUCUGAAGAUGAACGAAGGUCUUACGGGUGUGAAACGACAUGAGAGUGAGACAGAAUUUUCAUUUUUUUCAUAUUUUCAAAUUGCUUUGAAUCAGCAUAAUUAUGAAAAAUCUAUCCAGUUAAGAAGUAUGAACAUGGUUAAAAUAUGUGUAGCGGAACAAGCAAUAUUCAAUUAGUUCAAGUGUAUGUGAUUGAAACAAAAUGAAUUUGUUGAUGGUAAAUAUAUUAAUGUGGUACUAUACAGAAAUCUGAACUGAUGAAUAUGCAUCACAUUAAAAGUAUUAGUUUAUGUUAAAACUGUGUAAUCCAAAUGAAUGGGAAUUUUAUAUGCAAUUCAAAUGCAUAAAUCUUUAAUUUAGGCCAUAAUAGUUGAAAUUCAUCGCCCUUUUGCUUUGAAAAAUGUCAGAUUGAUUAUAAAUUAUCGUAUAUAGUUUUCCGUGUGCUUUAUUAUUUUUCUAUCGCUACUUAUUUUCCUGUCCUUCGGCUCUCUUUAAAGAACUGAAGGACAGGAAAAUCUCUGUUUAGUCUUCAAGUGUCACGAGUAUCGAUGUUCCAGAAGGUUCUGAGGAGAUAAUGCUGUUUGACUUGGCUUCGGUUUUGUUACAGAAACUCUGAGGCCUUCAUGUCGUGCUCUUAUCUUAGGAAUGUUUGAGUUGAUAUGUGUUACGAAGUGUUGUAAAGUCAUGGUUAGAUGUUAACCUGACUGCCGGAGAACAGUAUUCAAGAGACGGAAACACAGUAUGUGAAACAGUUUGCGAGACACUCGAGAACAUCAUCUGUAGGUGUCAUUGAACUAUUAGAAAUAUCACUAAAAUAGUGGGAAUUUGAUGUAAUGUGAAUGCCGGUGUGUUUUGCACUGGCCUCCGAUCUUUAUCUCGAAGUUUAUGUUGAUAUUUUACCAUUUGCAUCGAUAGAUCAGACGUCAAUGGUGUAUUAUGGGUUUAACCAUAAAACUCGGCAACAGGAAUGUAAAUUUUUGUAGAGAAGAAAUAUUUUAAGCUAAACAUGUUGUAUAUGGAGGUGGGAAAUGUGACGAUACGUUACGGGGGGCUGUUUAUUUUGGGAUUGGUUGUUGAAUAUAUCUCGUACUGCCUUCCAGCGCUUUUUACCAGGAGGGAAAUGUCCAUUUUAAAUAACUAGGUUCAAACUGCCUUGCUUUACUUUGAGACUUCUCAGGUUUUUUUCCAUCUUUUGUAACGUAGCAUUUCGAGUUAGUCGUGAAUGUGAUUGUUUAGACUAUUCUGUUUCUUUGUUGACCUUUUUAUUUUUUUGUAAAAAAUCAAAUGUAUUCGUAAUGUCGUGCCAUAUAGAUUAAGCAAACAAUUGAAUAUCAGUACUUGUCAUGAAAUGUUCAAAAGUUCAGACAAAAAAAAAAAAGCUUCGUUCUUGAUACCAGAGACGUUUUUAAUCAUGAAAUUUUUAAAGCUAAUGCAUUCGUCACGUACACAUUUUCAACAUUUUAAAUGAUACAAAUAAUAAAUAAAUAAUUUAAAACAUCA